AUGUCUUGGUUUAAGCGCAGCAAUACCCCCGUUAUACCCCCUGUCGCGUCGGAGCAGGCCUCCCGCAACGAACUGAUGGGUUCCCGUGCUAAGGGCGACCGCUCUCCCAACCCCUCCGCCAUCUAUCCGAAAACCGUGUCUAACACCUACGUACCCAGUCGUGACGGUGACUCGUACAGCGCGCCCUACGCACCGUCAUCCACCAGCACGCUGAACGACCGCUAUGCGAAGCGAGAUGCCGUAGGCGAUGCUUACAGCCGCGGGGCCGGCAACGUCGACAAGGACCGUAGCGAGCUCUUUUCUGGGUACAACCCCGAGAGAGCUGCUGCUAGUCGCUUCUUCGACGAUGGACCCGCGAACGGUCGCCUGCCCGCCCCUGGUGAGGAGAACGAUGAGGAUGUCGAGGGGAUCAGGCAGCAGAUCAAGACGACCAAGCAGGAGAGUUUGUCGUCGACCCGCAAUGCCCUCCGGCUGGCCCGUGAGGCAGAGGAGACUGCGAGGAACACUGUGGGGAGACUGGGCUCUCAGUCGGAGAAGCUGGCGGACACUGAACGCCACCUCGAUGUAUCCAAGGGACACUCGAUGGUUGCUGAUGACAGGACGGAUGAGCUGAAGCAGCUCAACCGGUCGAUCUUCCGGCCAGUCAUCACCUUCAAUAAAGACGCGAAGCGUGCUGCUCAGGAGGCAAAGGUUCAGCAGCGCUACGAGGAUGAACGCGAGCAGCGGGAGAAGGCGAUGCUGGACAUCCGGCAGACGCAGGAUCGCCUCGGGCGUGCGGCGACGUACGGCGAGGGCGGUAGCGGCCGCUUUAACAAGAGCGCUGCAGAACUCAAUGCACGCAAGGAGCAGCGUAAGCGCUACCAGUUUGAGGCGACUGGGUCGGACGACGAGCUCGAGGAUGAGCUUGAUGAUAACCUCAGCGAGAUUGCGGACGUCACGAAGAGGUUGAAGGCUCUUGGAUCGGCGAUGGGUCAGGAGCUCGAUACCCAGAACGAUCGGAUCACCCGCAUUACGGACAAGGCGGACACGCUGGACAAUGCGCUUUUCCGCAACACCCAGAGGGUAGGUCAAAGAUUGUCGAUGCGUGGGCGUUGGGAACUGAUUAUUGUCUAUCUGCAGCUCAACAAGAUCAAGUAA